AUGGACAUCACUGGGCUCGAUCGCGCUACCGGCAGACUGGUCAUCCAGAUCAGACUAGACGAGAUUACAGAAGCGCUCGAAGGCGUUCAACUCGACGACAAUGGUACUGCAAGCUAUCGCGCUAUUCGUCACACGCUUCAAGAUCAACUAUCGAUCAUCUAUGGGCAGGAUACUCAUAACGAAAGCGACAACGGCGACGAAGCAAGACGUACGCCAUCGAGAUCAAGCAGCGACACCUCCGCGAAUAAUUCCGAUGACGAAGGCGUCGUAGCAGAGGAAGCAAGUCCCACACCAGAACUCAUUGAGGUGCCGGAGUCAGAACCCGAGCUGGAACCAGAGGCUACUGCCGAUUGUGGUGCCUGCGGUGAUGCAAAGCCCGAGAAGGACACCAUCGAGCUCGAAUGCUCCCAUGUUUACUGCAAGGACUGUAUCGUAGACCUGUUCCGCUUCGCUGUCCACAAAGAUACCUCACUCUUCCCGCCUCGAUGCUGCAAAGCCACCAUCCCACUUGACACGAACGAAAACGGGGUAAAGGGCUGCAGUGUUCUACUGCCUAGAGAGCUAUUGACCGAGGUCGAUGAAAAGAAGGCAGAGCAGGAGAAGGCUCAAGAAACCCCAUGUUCUGGUGCGGAUUGCGAUCACGUUAUUCCGAAAGGAAACAUCAGUGGUGGCGUUGCGACAUGCGAUCUGUGCGACACCAAGACGUGUACGGUAUGCGAGGACGAAGCGCAUAAAGGAUUGUGUGCCGAGGAUGAUGACACCAAGAUGUUGAUGGCCACAGCUGGAAAGGUCAUGUGGCAACAGUGCACCAAGUGCAAGAAUCUGGUCGAGCUAGACACUGGCUGUUUCCAUAUCGUGUAA